UAUGUCUGAGCAUCCAAAACUAUAGAACCACAUUUUCAAUAAAUAACAGCGGGUCUCAAAAAACUGCCCAGGAUCUCUUCAUGUGUCAGUCAACUAGGCAUUAAAGUCCUUGAAAAUGAGAUGAUAUCAAAAAUGCAAGUAGCCUACAUUUUAGGUCAACUGUUUUCAGGACUCGCUGGUUUAUGGUGAUAGCAAGUUAACUAAUUCACUAAAGCAGAACUACAGCUUUGGUAAUUAGUUUUUAAAAAAGGUGAAGGUCAGGUAAAGCAUGAGCAGGUGGACAAAGAUGAAAGAAAAGUGUUUGUAUAGCACAAUUCAUACACAAGACAAGACUUCUAAUAAGAAACAAGAAAAGCACUCAGAGAGCGCAGUACUCCACCAAGGCUGCUCAGUCACAUGAUUUCCUAUGGAUGAAAUCUUUCAAAAAAUUUGUGGUCCGCAGCGGUCCAUUUGUAGUAGGAUCACAGGCAGCUGACGUAGUGUUCAGUUGUUGUCACAGUUACAGUGACACAUCUGGCAGUGGUACAGAAAUCUUUAACAAAUUCAUGGAUCCAAACUAUAAGCUGCAUCACUGCCAAAAUCUAACCACUUGCUCCUUGUGUCAUUUCUGACCUCCCCUGAAAAUUUGACUGAAAUCCGUUAGCCUGUUUUUGAGUAAUGUUACUAAAAGACAAACCAGCAGUGAUUGUCACAUAACUAUUGUAGUAAAACGGGUAUUGCUUUCUUAAUAGAUAGAUCAAUGUAACCCCAUGGUUGCCUGACGGACAACUUCAGUCUAAGCUCUGUAGUUCUCAAACUUAAAAAACAACCUGUAAUUCUAAGGCUCAUAGAGAAGCACUGGUCUGUCCUGCACUCACUGUGAUAAUAAUGUGGAGGAACAUAGGCUGAACAGACAGAAACUGGAGGACCCAACUUUGCCAAGAUCACAGUGUUUUACAUUUUAUAUUCGAAAAUAACUUGAAAUUGGUGCACUUCUUAGGUCAAAGAUUUUACUCCCGGUGUGUCCAGAUCCUAACAACGCCUCUGGAUAACAUUAUAAAUGAACAUGAGCAGAGUGUCAUGUGAAACCGGUGCAGCUGUACGCCAGAGCUGCUGCUUGCUGUGAGCUGCGUGUCGGAGGGUCCUCUAGCGCUCCCCUCUAGAGAACUUCAAGUCCCAGAGAUCUCAGCAUCAGUGAACCUGGAGCCAGGGCUUGGUUAAAAUGGCAGCACCGUCCAGAAACACAUGUGGGCUUAUGGAGCGCUCUGUCCGGGAGCGGGUCCCGCCGCUGCUCACCGACCUCUACCAGUUCACCAUGGCGUACGCGUACUGGCGGGCCGGCCGGCACCAGGAGCCCGCCGUGUUCGAGCUCUUCUUCAGGGACAACCCCUUUGGCGGAGGAUUCUCGCUGUUUGCAGGUCUGCACGACUGUCUGCUGUUCCUGCGCAGCUUUCGCUUCUCGGACGAAGAUGUUGAGUUCCUGCGUUCGGUCCUGCCUCCGGCCACUGACCCAGCCUUCUUCCAGUUCCUCCGAGGCCUCGACUGUUCGGGUGUAACAGUCCGCUCCGUCCCAGAGGGCACCGUGGUGUUUGCCAGGGUGCCUCUGAUGGAGGUGGCUGGUCCACUGGCUGUGGUUCAACUGCUUGAGACCAGUUUACUGUGUCUUGUAAACUAUGCUAGUUUAGUGUGCAGCAACGCCGCCCGUUUCCGCCUGGCUGCAGGCCCCAGGAGGAAGCUGCUGGAGAUGGGCCUCAGGAGGGCUCAGGGACCAGAUGGAGGACUCACCGCUUCACGAUACACACACAUCGGAGGGUUUGAUCUCACCAGUAACGUUCAGGCUGGUUUUCUGUUUGGGAUCCCCGUCACAGGGACCAUGGCACACUCAUACGUCACGUCCUUUACCUCCCUGGAGGAGGUGUGGCCACAAACCCUCGUAGCAGUGAACGGGGAUCCAGAGCCGGUCGAUGUCAUUUCUCUAACAAAAAGCUGGUUGAGUCGUGUCUGUGAGCUUCUGGGAGCAGAGCCUGAGAAGAUCCGGGAGGGCGAGUUGGCUGCUUUCUUGUCUUACGCUGUCGCUUAUCCGCAGAACUUCCUCCCUGUGAUUGACAGCUACAGUGUUGGCUGUAGCGGCCUGCUGAAUUUCUGUGCUGUGGCUUUAGCACUGUGUGAGCUGGGCCACAGGCCUGUAGGAGUUCGUCUGGACAGCGGGGACCUCUGCAAGCAGUCUGUCGAUGUCCGCCGUGUCUUCAGACUCUGCAGGGAGCAUUUCUCCAUUCCUGCUUUUGAUUCUCUGAUCAUCGUUGGGACCAACAACAUCUCAGAGCAAAGCCUGGCCGAACUGAACAAGAAGGAGAAUGAGAUCAGCGUGGUCGGUGUUGGAACACAUCUGGUCACUUGCACAAAACAACCGUCUCUGGGCUGUGUGUAUAAGCUGGUGGAGGUGAGAGGAAGGCCCAGGAUGAAGAUCAGUGAGGACCCGGAGAAAAGCACUGUUCCUGGCAGAAAAGCUGUCUACCGGCUAGUAGAUGCUGACGGCCAUCCGUUUCUGGACCUGCUGUGUCUGACGGUGGAGCCUCCACCAGAGGCUGGACUGCCCCUGAGCUGUUACCCUCAGGGGUGUGAUAACUCUGCUGUCUCCGUCACUCCGGCUCAGGUCACAUGUCUGCGUCAGGAAGUGUUCACUAAAGGACAGGUCACACAGUCUCUGUGCAGCGCUGCAGAAACUAGAGCAAAGGUCCAGAGCUCCCUGCAGGCUCUGCACCCUCGACAUAAGAGGCUGCAGGAGCCAGACUCUUACACAGUGGCACUGUCAGAGAAACUCCACAACUUGAUCACAGAGAUCCAAAGAGGCAGCAGCCACGGCAGCAACUUUCUCUUAGCCAACUAAAGUUAUCCUGUUUGUUUUUCUUGACACUGUUUUCUAAAGUGCCUCACAGUAAAAGAAGUGGAUGUGUUUGUAGAGCAUGGUCCUCAUGAACACCAGCAGUGUCAACGCCCUACUCUCCAAAUACAGGUGAUCACAGCUGUGUUGUGGUCUGACUCUGUCAGAUCUACUAUCUGUAAAACAGAGAUAAAAUGGGAAUUUGGUAUGCUGGACAGCCCUACAGGAACAGUUAGAAAUAAUUAUGACGAAGUCUUUAUGCAAUCAGAUGUGUUUUUUUUUUUUUAGCUGGAAGCUAGACAAAAAACUGAAGCUGUACUGCUACAAAUCAAAAGAUACAAGUGCAACCCAAUUUUAUUUUGAAAUAUUUGAAACUACGUACUAAUACUUAUCAAAAAAUGAAUCCAAGUCUGUUAUGUUUCCUCUUGUUUACAGUAGUCUGAAUAAGUGCAAUCAUUAGUAUUUUCUCGAGUUUUCAUUCACACCAUAGGACCUUCUUGAGCAGAUGACAUGGAGAUGACCCGCUUGAAGUUAAUGCUCAGUUAAACUGUGUAUUGAUUAGAGCAGUGAGAUGUGUCUGGAAACCGGAAAGUAUGAGUACUAUCUGUAAACUUUGUAGUAAAACAGCCUUAUAUGUAGGUAUAUGAACAUACCUACAUGUGUAUACCUCACAUAUACAUGUAUGAAAAAUUGUAAGAAUUUAUAAAACUGAUCCUUUUGAAAUUGCAGUGGUCUGUUUCGAAGCUGAGGAACUUUGCCCUUGCAGUAUUUAGUUUUUUUUUCCCUUCAUACUCAUCUUGGGGUUUUAUUCUUUGCGAAUGGUGGUAAUUUUUUUUAACUGAAGCUGCCGAAAUCAACACUUUUUAAAUUAGCAUGCAUGAAAUGAUUGAAGGUAGGCUAGAUUCUGAUGAAUCCAUGAAGGAUAAUAAAGAUCUGUGACUUCUUUUAGGGGCUGCACAGUGGACGUAGUGGUUAGCACUUUCGCCUUGCAGCAAGAAGAUCCCUGGUUCAAAUGCCGGGGUGGGCCUGGGAUCUUUCUGCAUGGAGUUUGCAUGUUCUCCCUGUGCAUGCGUGGGUUUUCUCCGGGCACUCCGGCUUCCUCCCACAGUCCAAAAAUAUGCUGAGGUUAAUUGGUUACUCUAAAUUGUCUGUAGGUGUGAAUGUGAGUGUGAUUGUUUGUCUCUAUAUGUAGCCCUGCGAUAGACUGGUGACCUGUCCAGGGUGUCCCCUGCCUUAGCCUGAGUCAGCUGGGAUAGGCUCCAGCGACCCUAGUGAGGAUAAAGCAGUGUAUAGAGAAUGGAUGGAUGGACUUCUUUUAGCUUCCAGCAGCUACAGAGCCAGAUUAUCAUUCAUUAGGAUUUGGGUUUACAUUAAGCAGAUGAAUUUAAGUCCUUUAAGCUCAGAUUUGGUCUUCUCCAGCUCUUCAGAAAAAUAUCUGACUCUGUAGCUGCUGGAAGCUAAAAGAAGUCCAUCCAUCCAGUGCAGUGCUUUGACAAUAAAUUUAAACCUAAAUUACCUCCAAUAUUCUUUAUUUUGACCAUUUUUUCCUCAAUAACAUAUAUUAAAUUUGGUCAUGAUUUCACAGUAUGUUGUUUUCUGCAGAUGUUUGUAUUAAAGACUUUCUGCAAUGAA